GAAGUGGUUGCAGGUGAGGUGGCUGUGAUGGGAGGGGGAUUAUAACUUCAACCUUCUUUAGCUUUGCAGCCACCUUGGGUCCAACAACAACUUUCUGUACACCCUGCAAUCAUUAAGAUGAAGAAGAAGCUGAUUAUUGAUGUGGACACUGGGGUGGACGAUGCUCAGGCCAUCAUGGUGGCCCUUGCGGCCCCCAAUGUUGAGAUUUUGGGGAUCACCUGUUGCUUUGGCAACACCCCCCUGGAGAAUGCCCUCAAGAACACACUGCGUGUCCUGAAAGUCUGCAACAGGCUGGAUAUCCCGGUGUAUCGAGGCUGCUCAGAGCCUCUCCUGGCCAAAAAACGCCAAGCUGGGGAUUAUCAUGGGAAGGAUGGACUGGGUGAAGUUCCCGACCCAGAUGCUCCAGGCUUGGAGCUGGUGCAGAAGAAGAAAGCUGUGAAUGCUAUGAUCAAGACUGUCAAUCAAAAUCCUGGAGAGGUAAGCCUGGUCGCCACCGCUCCCCUCACCAACCUGGCUGUCGCCGUGCAACUGGACCCAUCUUUCCCAAAGAAGCUGAAGGCGCUCUACAUCAUGGGAGGAAACACUGACUCCAGGGGGAACACCACAGUGUGUGGAGAGUUCAACUUCGUGGCUGACCCUGAGGCUGCCUACAUCGUGUUGGAUCGCUACAACUGCCCCACCUACAUUGCACCCUGGGAGUUCAGCUGCUCCAACAGCCUGCCCUGGUCUUUCUGUGAGCAGUGGCUGUGCCAAAACACAGAGAAGGCCGCCUUUAUGAAAAAGAUCUCAAGCUUGUCAAUGAAGAAAGCUCAGUCACCUGAAUAUCAAAAGGAGAUCACAGAGGGAAAAGGGUUCAAUUCCUGCGACACCUACGCUAUGGCUACUGCCAUUGAAGAUGCAUUCAUAACCGAGAGUGACGAGGUUGCUGUAACGGUGGAGCUGGCAGGGACCUACACCCGAGGCAUGAUGGUUGUGGACUACAUGGAGCUGCUGAAAAAGAAACACAAGGCUAUCCUGAUGAAAAAUGUCGACUUGGAGAAAUUGAAGACUCUCUUCAUGAAUUCCCUUAAAUAGAAAAAUGUGGUGAGCUAAAGGUGUGACUGUGCGUAACAAAUAAAACAGCUUUUUUUUCAUA